AUGGCGCAGGGGAAGAUGCCCGAGGCUGGCACCGGCGCGCCUCGGGAGGCGAUGCCGAGCGCGUACGGCGGGAUCGAAGCGGACCGCCUGGUGGUGCUAGCCAAGCCGCUGCCCACUGGUGCAGGCCACUGCGCGCCCUUUGCCGUGGUCCGGUUCCAGGACCUGCCGGAGGAACUCCAUCGGCAGAUCGCCGACGCUCACGGUGCCGCCGCACCGGUGGCGGCGCCCCUGCGUGGCGAAGGAGUCGACGCGCGGUACCACGCCGCGCUCCCCGUCGACGUCGUCGUGCCGGACGAGGGACUCCGCCGCCAGCUGCCCGGAUUGUUUUCCGGGCCCGACGACUCGCCGGCCGUCAAAUUCGCCGGCGACGGAAACAGCGACGCCGUCAACGAGUACUCCGAGCGCCGCAUCCUGCGGCUCAUGGAGGAGGACGGCAAGGUGGUGGUGUACCUGGAUGCGUCAGCGCUCCAGGUGCUCGGCGACAUGGAGGGAAGCCUGUUCCAGAAGGAGAAAGGGUUCUCGCACGCUUGGAUGGGCCACUCUGGCGACAACGGCCUCCCCGCGCGCGAGGACGCCGCGCCCGUCGUCGUCGCGCUCCUCCUCGACAACAACCACAUCGCAGGAACGCCUGCGCUCGAGCUCGACAGCUGCUCCGACGGCGUCGCCUCCCCACGUGAGGACGCGGUGCCUUUCGUCCAGACGCUCGUCGGCAACGACCGCGCCACCGAGCAGGACGUCUACGGCGUGCUCCUGCCGCCUGACAACGUCGUCGUGCCCGCCGUGGAGGCGUUACGCGCCUCGCGUCCCCCUGCUUACGCCGUGCAGGUCUCGGUCGACGGCGACGCGGCCGUGGGUGGCAAAGCCGGGGAUCCGAUUGCGGGCGGCGUCAAGGCAGCCGGUGCGGGCGCCGGAAACGAGCGUGGCGGCAACCUCUCAGCUGUGUUGGGCAUCGUCGUCGCCUCCUCAGCCGCCACUGCACUCGCCGCCGGCACCCUCGGCCCAGCGGCGGCGUUCGGGCUGUUCGCGGCCCUGGUCGGCGGUCUUUCCCUGGCUAUGGCCAGCGUCCGCGACCGGUAG